CGAUAACGUCUGCAGGUUAUCGGUAGCCGCAACUCCACUUUCAACGCAUACAGAAUUUGCAAAACCGCAGAAAAUUAAAAAAUCCCAGGAUUAUACGCAAAUUAUAGGCAAAAGAGGACUGCAAUUACCAACCUAGAACAGAAAUCGUGAAACAGCAGUUGCAAUCUCGAUUGCCAGAAGGUUCUCAAGCAGCACCACCCGAGGAAAAGCGCACCGGAAGAGCUGCUCAUGAGUAGUCAUCGAGACGGAGCCGGAGCCGAUCGAAUCACAAUCAAAAUCCAUAACAUGAAGCGAAGCGCCUCGCGCUCCCCGGGUCCGGCCUCCAGGAGCAGUUUAUCGCGGAACUCACGGAGCAUGGGUCGUGGUUACGACAACGGCAGCGGAGUGCCGGGCGACUCUCCGGAGCGCCUGUCGCCGGAGCGGAUGCGUCGCCGCUUGGAGCGCUCGCCGAGUCCACGUGGCCGUUAUGGCUCCCCGCAUCGUGAACCCUACAUGCGAGGUCCUCCGCCUGCGGAACGACCCGCCGGUUACAAGGUCCUGUGCGUCAGCGCCCUGCCGCCAAAGGCUCCGGAUGAUUUUAUAGAGGAGACACUUUAUCGCGAGUACAAGAAGUUUGGAGACUUUAGUGUGCGACUGGCUCACGACCUCGACGAAAGGGUGGCUUACGUUUGUUUUAGAACGCCGGAAGAUGCGCGCGAAGCCAAACACCACAAGCCGCGGCUUAUUAUCUAUGAUAAGAUGGCCAUAGUAGAGCCGGUGUACAAGUCCACAACCAGGCCAGAGUACAGACCCCGUGGGCACUCGAUGUCGCCGCCAGACUAUGAGCGCUACCACUAUUCGCGUUCACCUAUGGGCCAAGGAGUUCCUUUGGAUCAUCGCCGUCCGCCACUUGAUCCCUAUGACCGUUACGGCCCGCCUCAUAUGCAUCCCCACGCAGUGCAUCCACGAGAUUACCGGCCAAUGCACCAUGAAUAUCCCCAUCCUCCACGCGGUCCACCUCUGCAUCGCGGGGGUCAUCCGCACCACCUCCAUGGGCACGCACCGCCCCAUCAGUACGCUCCAAUGAGGCCACUAGCACCACGUCCACACGCUCCGUACGAAAAGCCGGAAAGCAAGAAGGACAAGUUCCCCAAUUAUUUGCACCACGUUCAACCCGAGGAUGAUCCGCUCUCCACACGUACACUGUUUGCGGGAAAUUUAGAGGUGACAAUCGCCGAUGACGAACUGCGUCGUAUAUUUGGCAAGUACGGUGUGGUUGAUGAUAUUGACAUCAAGCGCCCACCGCCGGGAACGGGAAACGCGUUCGCGUUUGUGCGGUAUCAAAACCUGGACAUGGCCCACCGUGCAAAAAUAGAGUUGUCCGGACAGUAUAUUGGCAAGUUCCAGUGCAAGAUUGGAUACGGCAAGGUGACCCCGGCGACUCGUAUGUGGAUCGGAGGUUUGGGCGCCUGGACCUCAGUCACUCAACUAGAGCGUGAAUUCGAUCGCUUCGGUGCAAUAAAGAAGAUCGAGUACCAGAAGGGAGAGCCGUACGCCUACAUUCAGUACGAGACAGUGGAGGCGGCCACGGCGGCUGUAAAGGAAAUGCGAGGAUUCCCAUUGGGCGGACCAGAGCGCCGUCUGCGCACGGACUUUGCAGAGUUGCCGGGCGCCACACCGGCGGCACCAUUCAAGGGCUCAAAACCACCAUAUGAUGAAAGUGCUUUGGAGUACCGACGACCGGAGUAUGAUCCGUACUAUGAGGAGUCCGCGGCGUACGCACCACGAGGGGGUUACUCCCCAUAUCCACCCAGAGGUGGUUACCGAGGACGUGGUGGUUAUCGCGGAAGGGGACGAGGCAUGUACCACUACCACAAUGAUGUGCACAGGCCACCACAUCCUGGAUCCUUGGGUGGUUCUUCUUCGUCGGUGCCGCCGCCCGGAGGUGUGGAUGAUGAGUGGCGACGCCCUCCUGGAGAAUCUUACGACAGAGGAGCCCGUUCCAGCUCUAGGGAGCCUGGCGCGGAACGUUCUCGGUCCAGAUCGCCCUUGAAGCGGGCUCGUUCUCCCGGAUCCGAUUCCGACACCUCGACUCGCCGUAACGAUGCUCUUGGCUCGGCCAGUACGGUGCCGGAGGUGGCACGCAAGUGCAGUACCGUGUGGACCGGAGCACUGAUUCUCAAGAGCUCCCUAUUCCCAGCCAAGUUCCAUCUGACGGACGGAGACACAGAAAUUGUAGAAUCGUUGAUGCGUGACGAAGAGGGCAAGCACAAUUUACGCAUCACCCAGCGGCUGCGCUUGGAUCCUCCAAAACUUGACGAUGUGCAAAAGCGAAUUGCAUCCUCAUCGUCGCAUGCUAUCUUUAUGGGCUUGGCCGGCUCCACGAACGAUACCAAUUGCGACGAUGCCAGUGUGCAAACGCGUCCGCUGAGAAACCUGGUCUCCUACCUUAAGCAGAAGGAGGCGGCUGGCGUAAUAUCGCUGCUUAACAAGGAGACGGAGGCCACUGGCGUGCUUUACGCCUUUCCGCCCUGCGACUUUUCCACGGAGCUGUUGAAGCGCACCUGCCACAGCCUCACGGAAGAGGGACUGAAGGAGGACCACCUGGUUAUUGUGGUGGUACGUGGCGGCACGGCCUAAGGCCGUUUGGCGUUUUAGGUAUGGAGAUCCAAGAGCUGAACAAACUGGAGGUAAUAACUAGCCGCAGUGCUCAAGGGAAGACUCCGCCACACAUAACUUUAAUCUAGCAACCGUAGUCGUAUCUUAGAUGCCUCUCUCAAAAGGAGGAGGACGAACUGAGGGUCACAUACAUGCGAGGGUCGUGUAUGUGCGCCCUUAAGCACCGCACACACACACACACACACAGACACACUUGAUGCACACAUUCAGAGACAUGAGCAGAACCGAGGAGACAUCACCCACACCUCAUGACCCCAGACCCAUAUCAAUUAACCAUUAAUCAACCUUCUUUUGCAGACAGGAUUUCUCUUUAUGGUUUCAUUUCAAGUUCUCGAUGUGUUAGUGACAGUGAAGUUUAUACAUCUCUUUAUUAUUGUGCUACAAAGUUUGAAAAAAUAAUGUAUUUAAAAUCUACUCAUACAGUUUUUCCAAUUUUAUUAUGUUAAAGUGUACAACUGAGAAUGGAAAAAAAAAACACAAGUAAACAACCUUAUAUUUUCUAAAAACAACUAUUUGAGUGUCCGCUUAUGAUCAACAAAUAGUGAAAAAUAAUCCUGAUGAAACAGUUUUUGUGUUCCUUAAAGUUGAUUUUCUAUUUUAAUUUGUGUUACGCUGAUGGUUUUGCCUUUGGUCUUUUCUUUGUGAAAGAUGAUGAAAUUACAGUGCGACAAGAAGUGCACCAAGUAAUGGUCUGAUUGUCAAGUUAAAGUCCAAAACGAAGAUUACAAAGUGUUCCCAGAAUUUGGUUUGCAGUGCGAUUCUCCCGUAAAAAAGCAAUCAGUGCAAAGUGAUUAAUUCUGGCUGAGCUUCAGCUCCCCUCGAUCUCCCUGAGGUUCCUUUGUGUUUUUUUAGCCUGUGGGUGCGUGAAAGUGGCUACCAAAUCCAAAUCGUGUUCCGAUCCCCGAUCAAUAUCCGUCUUCCAUCCGAAAAGAGAACGUCGUGUAGCAUUUGCUCCAAAAUGUUUCUGCUGUUUGAUUGGGUUUGGCAAUUGUUACAUUGGUUUUCUUGUGGCUGCUCUCAACAGAAUGGUGUUUUGUUUAUAAUUUAUACAUGCGUUCAUGCGACAUUUAUGUUUCUGUGAGUUCAAGUGUCAUUUCACGGACCGAAAUCAAAUAAGAUACGAUAAUAACCCAAGUAGAUGGCCCAGUGCAUGUGCUGUGUAUGCGUGUGUUCUCAAAUAUAUUAUUUAUAUAUAUACGAGCUGAUAAUCUGUACACUCAUAAAUAGUAAUACCGAUCAAACGCAGUUAAUCCACAAAAUUAGGCAGAGUUCGAGUUAUUUAUGCUUCAAAAAAUAUUAUAUAAAACCAUUAUACUGCUACUGCUAUUUAAAUAAACGUCAAAUAUUGAUCCCAAA